CUCAGUUAUGAGUUUUUAGGAGUUGGUGUCUGGCGGGACCGCGGCACUUGACAAACGAUGCGAUGCCGAACGGAAGCUGCUGCCCAGAUUGCGGCUCCUCUGAGCUCGUGGAAGAUUCGCAUUAUUCUCAGAGCCAGCUGGUGUGUUCCGACUGCGGCUGCGUGGUCACCGAAGGGGUCCUUACUACUACCUUCAGCGACGAGGGCAACCUCAGAGAAGUGACAUAUUCUCGAAGCACAGGAGAAAACGAACAAGUUAGUCGAAGUCAGCAACGAGAUCUCCGUCGAGUAAGAGACCUGUGUCGAAUUCUGAAGUUGCCACUAACAUUUGAGGAUACAGCAAUCUCCUACUACCAAAAGGCGUAUCAGCUGUCUGGCAUCCGAGCCUCUCGGCUGCAGAAGAAGGAAGUGUUAGUUGGAUGCUGUGUUUUAAUCACCUGCCGGCAACAUAACUGGCCGCUCACCAUGGGAGCUGUCUGCACGCUGCUGUAUGCAGAUCCGGAUGUGUUUUCCAGCACCUACAUGCAGAUAGUGAAGCUCCUGGGGCUGGAUGUGCCAUCCCUGUGCCUGGCCGACUUGGUGAAGUCUUACUGCAGCAGCUUCAAACUGUUCCAAGUGACCCCAUCCAUGCCUGCCAAAUACGUGGAGGACAAAGACAAGCUGCUGGCUCGGACCUUGCUGUUGGUGGAGCUGGCCAGUGAGACGUGGCUCGUGACUGGACGGCAUCCCUUGCCCAUCAUCACGGCAGCCGCCUUCCUGGCAUGGCAGUCUCUGCGGCCUUCAAACCGGCUCGCCUGCUCUCUUGCCCAGUUUUGUAAAUUGGCUAACGUGGACCUGCCCUACCCAGCUGCCUCUCGCCUGCAGGAGCUCCUGGCCGUGCUCCUUCAGAUGGCCAGCCAGCUGGCCUGGCUACGGGUUCUAAAACUUGAUAAGCGGACGGUGGUGAAACACAUUGGCGACCUUCUCCAGCACCGCCACAUGCUGGUCCGAAUGGCUUUUCGAGAUGGAACAGCAGAAGUAGAGUCCGAGAAGCAGCAGCAGCAGCAGCAGCAGCAGGGACAAAAACAGCAGGAAGAGGUGGGGGAUGGUCCCUUCGACUUGCCCAAUAGGAAACGUCCCGCCAGUCCUGCUCUCCUCCUCCCACCCUGCAUGUUGAAGCCCCCCAAGCGGACCCAUGCCAUGCCCCCCGAAUCUGUAGUGACUGGAGAUGAGGACAUUUCUGAUAGUGAAAUAGAGCAAUAUCUGCGCACCCCUCAGGAAGUCAGGGACUUUGAGAGAGCCCAAGCUGCUAGCCAGGCAGCCAUGAGUGUCCCUAACCCUCCCUGAUGCACAUUCUUUAAGGUGUUUUCAGUUCUGACUGCAAUUUAUUAACAGCUAUUUCUUGGCUAUUUCUUGGCUAUUCCUUGGCUAUUUCUUUCUUUAAGAAACCAAGAGUAGCCUUGCAGUUCACUGGACCCAAGGUCCUAGAGAAGAUGGGGGGAAAGUCCUGACCCGCGAUGCAGGUAACCAAGCCAGCUGUCUGUAGUCUAGGAUGGAGCCUUCCUAAGACGACGAAGGAAUCUGUCCAGCUGUCUUCUACCCUAGUGUGCAGUAAAUGCAUUGCUGUUGUGAAUGAGCUGGCAUUCUAGUGGCAUCAACUACCAUGAGCAUAAGCAGCAGUCCCUGGCCCGUGUCUGGUCUCGGUGCUAGUGGUUUGGAGUAUUCAUAAGAUCCGGUACAUCAUUAACAAAAGGACCAUGGGUGAACAACAGCUGUCGCUCAAAGAGUUUUGCAAGAUUUUAAUAUAUUAAAACAAAGAGGCAUCUGCUGGAAAACAUUCUAUUGUAGAAAACCAGAGCUUUUAAAACGUG